CUGGGCGGAGAGGCCCCUCCCCGCGGCGGCACAGCGGCUGGGCCUGUUAUUCGUCUCGCCGCUCGGCCGGGACCCGCGCAGCGCCAGUGACUCGGGGAGUCGCCCCCCCUCCCCUCCCCUGCCCGGGCCUAGAACCAUCCCCAACCCGAGUGGCCGGAGACGGAGCUGAAGCGGCUGCCGCAUCCCGGCCCCACCUCCCCCACCAUCCCUCCCUCCCGCUGGACAUCUGGACCCUGGGCCCCGCACCGACAGGGCUCCGGAAACCCUCCCCGCCCAGCCCCGCAGUCCGGCUCGCACCGCCCUCGCUGCGGAGCCCCCAGCCCUCCUGCGGACUAGACUUCCGCCUCCCCCUGGACGCCCCCUCCCGGUCCCCUCCCUCCCCCCCUGCCCCAGCCUGGAGCGGGGGUAGGAGGGAGGGGGGGUGUGCGCCCUGCUGCGUCCCCGCCCCGCCCCGCCCCCCGUGAUUCCCCCUGCAUGGCCGGCCCGGGUGGGGGGAACGGGGGGGCCCGGGCGCCAUGCGGGAGGGGCACAAGGGGGGUCGCUGUGCCUGUCCCAAUGUGAUCCGAAAAGUGCUGGCAAAAUGCGGCUGCUGCAUCGCCCGGGGGGGACGUGAAUCCUAUUCCAUUGCUGACAGUGAGGGGAGUAUCUCGGCUUCAGCUGCCUCGGGUCUGGCUGUCCCCUCUGGCCCCACCUCUGGCUUCAGCUCUGAACCCUGUUCCCCAGGCCCGCCAGGGCCCAGCAGUGGCUUGAGAAGAUGGUUGGAUCACUCCAAACAUUGUCUUAGUGUGGAAACUGAAGUAGAUGGUGGCCAGGCUGGACCAUAUGAGAACUGGAUGCUGGAACCAGCUCUAGCCACAGGAGAGGAACUUCCAGAAUUGACCCUGCUGACCACACUGUUGGAGGGCCCCGGAGAUGAGACGAAGCUACCUGAGGAGGAGAGUUUGUCCCAAGCCCCUGAGAGUGAGGAGGAACAGAAAAAGAAGGCUCUGGAAAGGAGUAUGUAUGUCCUCGGUGAACUGGUAGAGACAGAGAAAAUGUAUGUGGAGGACUUAGGGCAGAUUGUGGAGGGUUACAUGGCCACCAUGGCUGCUCAGGGGGUCCCAGAGAAUCUUCGAGGCCGUGACAGGAUUGUGUUUGGGAACAUCCAGCAAAUCUACGAGUGGCAUCGAGACUAUCUCCUGGGGGAACUACAGCGGUGUUUGAAGGAUCCUGAUUGGCUGGCUCAGCUAUUCAUCAAACACGAGCGCCGGCUGCAUAUGUAUGUGGUAUACUGUCAGAAUAAACCCAAAUCAGAGCAUGUGGUGUCAGAAUUUGGGGACAGCUACUUUGAGGAGCUCCGGCAGCAGCUAGGGCACCGCUUGCAGCUCAAUGAUCUUCUCAUCAAACCAGUGCAGAGGAUCAUGAAAUACCAGCUGCUGCUCAAGGAUUUUCUCAAGUAUUAUAGUAGAGCUGGGAUGGAUACUGAAGAGCUGGAGCGAGCGGUGGAAGUCAUGUGCUUCGUGCCCAAGCGCUGUAAUGACAUGAUGACCCUGGGGAGACUGCGGGGAUUUGAGGGCAAACUGACUGCUCAGGGGAAGCUCUUGGGCCAGGACACAUUCUGGGUGACAGAGCCUGAGGCUGGGGGGCUUCUUUCCUCCCGGGGUCGAGAGCGGCGUGUCUUCCUCUUUGAGCAAAUCGUCAUCUUCAGUGAGGCCUUGGGAGGAGGAGUGCGAGGUGGAACACAGCCUGGAUAUGUGUACAAGAGCAGCAUCAAGGUGAGCUGCCUUGGACUGGAGGGGAACCUCCAAGGUGACCCGUGCCGCUUUGCUCUGACCUCCAGAGGGCCAGAGGGUGGGAUCCAGCGCUAUGUCCUGCAGACUGCAGACCCUGCAGUUAGUCAGGCCUGGAUCAAGCAAGUGGCUCAGAUCCUGGAAAGCCAGCGGGACUUUCUCAAUGCAUUGCAAUCACCCAUUGAAUACCAGAGACGGGAGAGCCAGACCAACAGCCUGGGGCGGCCAGGAGGGCUUGGGGUGGGAAGCCCUGGGAAAAUGCGGCCUGGAGACCGGGCCCAGGUCAGCACACACAGGCCCAUCAAUGGCUCUCUUCCUUCCCUGCUGCUGUUACCCAAAGGGGAGGUGGCCAGAGGCCCCCUGCCCCUGGACACACAGGCCCUCAGUGACAUCCCCCAGAUUCCUCGUGACUCUCCUUCAGCUCCACCAAUUUCAAACACCCCUCCCUGCCAGGCCAGACUUGCCAAGUUGGAUGAAGAUGAGCUGUAACCGGUAAAGACCAUGGGGGUGGUGCUGACUCAGCUACUCUCUUCCCCAAGGAACUUCAGGGCAAUCCUUCUGGCACUGCUCCAGAAUUCCUCCCUCUUGGUGUGUCUGGAGGUGGGCAAGGCCGGGAGUGGUGUCAACUUGGAGGAGGGUACCUAAACUCAACAAGACUUCUUUCUGUCCUGGGAACACAGGUUCCUUCAGCUCCCACCCCUAUGCAUGCAUCACAGGUCCCCCACAAAAGAAGGAUAUGUGGGUGGGUGGGAGGGCUAGGGCAAGGGCCAAAUAGAAAAUAUUGGUUUUGAUUUUGUUUUUUCUGUUUUCUGAGAAUAAAGGUUUUGUUAUAUCA